GAGAGACCAGCAGGAGAUUAUAUGGGGCUUUUCACUUUCAAUCAUUCAUCCACUGCUCUUUACCACGUCUGUUAUCCUUUAACUGCAGCAGACUGGGGAGAUACAGACCCUCUGCGUGCCCCCACCUCCUCGUUCUACAGCUACCGGGGCCUUGAGAGUUCAAUGAUUAAACUCGGUCUGUUUGCCUGGAAAAGUUUGAAUUUGGGGGGUUUUUCAAAUGAGCAGACGGUUUGACCUCUCCUCCAGCCAAUAACCAGGAGACUCCACCUUCCGUCCCAAACAGACCUGCUGCUUCUCCUGCAGUGUCAGAGCUCCUGGCCGCCCUCACUCCGGCUACAUCUCACACGGGAAGCACGCCCUCACGCCGCCGAAAUGCCUACUUUGGGAAUGGAAAUCCUGGGAGUGUCCCUGGCGGUCCUGGGGUGGAUUUCCGCCGCGGCGUCUUGCGCCCUGCCGAUGUGGAGGGUGUCGGCGUUCAUCGGGGUGAACAUCGUCACGGCACAGACCACCUGGGAGGGCAUCUGGAUGAGCUGCGUGGUCCAGAGCACCGGCCAGAUGCAGUGCAAGGUCCACGACUCCAUGCUGGCGCUGAGCAGCGACCUCCAGGCGGCCCGGGCCCUCACCGUCAUCUCCAUCGUGUUGGGAAUCAUCGGGGUCCUCGUGGCCAUCAUGGGGGCCAAAUGCACCAACUGCGUGUCCGAGGAGGCGAGUAAAGCCCGGGUGAUGAUCGCGGCCGGGGCGGCCUUCGUCCUGGCCUCCCUGACCCAGCUGAUCCCCGCGUCGUGGUCGGCCCACUCCAUCGUGACGGAGUUCUACAGUCCGCUCAUUCCUGAAGCCCAGAAGAGGGAGAUCGGCGCGGCGCUGUACCUGGGCUGGGCCGCAGCCGCCUUCCUCCUCAUCGGAGGGUGCAUCCUGUGCUCCAGUUGCCCCAAGGAACCGGAGAAAAGAUUCGGACCUCCAUCAAAGAUGAUGUACACCCCAAACAGCUCCGUCGCCCCCAGCGGCUUCAACAGGAGGGACUACGUCUGAAGUCACGCCUGCCGUGGAACAACCUCAAGCGUCGUGUCCUUUACAUUAUUCUCUUGUUCUGUUCUUUCUUGUUUUUUUUUACUAAACCUUUAAUCAAACUUGUUUCUGUGACGGCAACUACAUGUUAGUGUGUGUUCCAGGUGUGCACAGUACUUUAUACCUCAUGAAAAGAAACGUAUACUAAUGAUCAACACCUUUAGAGUAGCUGUAUUUGUAUUUAUACUUGUUUUUUGAAAGCCUUUGAAUUUGUAAAU